GACGUGUUUUAUUUAUGGUGUUCUCUUCACAGUGAAAAAUAAAGUUAUGGAACAACUAUCGAGAGCUGAAUAUGCUAGAUUAAGUGCAACCGAAAGAAAUGAAUAUUUGAAAAAACUACUUGGAGAACAUGACAGUGAUUCGAGCGGGGUUUCUGACAGUGAUGACGAAGACUGGAUUCCAGCAAAUAUAGCUAGACGUCAAAUUUUAAAUCAAAAAGCUAAUUCAGGGCAUGACGAAUCAGAAGAUUCUGAAGAUACAGGAGAAAUCGCUGAAGGGAAUUCAGCAGUAGAAGAAGAGGUUGAGAAUAGCGAGAGUGAGGAUGAGAAUAGCGAGAGUGAGGAUGACGACAAUGAAGUAGAAACUGCUGAGCCUGAAUGACGAGCUCAAGAACCAUCUGGAAGUUUCAUUGUGAAAGAUAAGACAGUGUGGAACAAAACUCCACCAACUCAGCAUCAGACCGCAGCUCAUAAUGUUGUACGCCAGCGGAGUGGGCCUCAUCGCAGUACGGAA